AUGAGGGGGGAGGGGGGGUAGAUUUUUUAGUACAGAGCUAAAAAUAUUCUAAGAAAAUUUCAUUUGGAGAGUUUCAAGGGAGGAGACAUGCACAAAUUCUUCCCAACACCUCAAAUCCUUGCUGCUUGCUGCCUCCUCAACAGAUCCCAAAGUGGGUUUGGCCUUAUUUGCUGUUUCUUGAUUGCAUGUGUGUCCAGUAGUAGCAUGAUGAUGUUGAUGUUCCUGUUAAAAUGGGGAUAUUAUUGUUCUGGGUAAAGUAGCAGUAAUUACUACUUGCAUGCCCCUAAAUGGUUUUCGUUUUUUAUUUUUGGGUUUAGCCUUAUUUCUUGUUCUCUUCCAUUUAAAGGGGGUUUGUUUUGUGAUGGGUUUCUGAAUUUAUGCAGCUGAGGUUUGUUGUGUUGAGGGAUGCUGAAUUGAUAGAUAUGAGCAAUAUGUUUGGAUUCUGAUGAGUUUGCUUUGUUGGGUUUUGAUCGAAUCUUCUCUUUUUGGAUGGAUUUAUAAUAUUUUUGGGAUCAGUUCUCUUUAGGUUAAUCUGUUGAUUUCAUGUAUUUUUGCUGGUAGAUAUAGUGCCUUCAAUACCUUGGUUCUCUAUACAUAUAUUUUUACUAAAUGUGGCAUUUCUUUUGAUGUUUUCAAGGACUAGGGUUUUCUUUUAAGAAAUUGGAGUUCACAAUUACUUAAUUAGAUAUUAUAUAUGAAACACCAUAAAAAAUCUUCUCAUGUGGUUUUGUGGAUUUGGAAUCAACAAUUGGAACAGGAAGGUUUCAAUUUUUCUGAGGCACAGUAAUAAAAGAAUAAAACUCUUUUCUACAUAUUUGGGUUAUCUUUAACUUCUCUGUGCAUGCAAAGCAGAACUACUAUUUUAGUGGCGUUGACCUGUGGAGCAUCUUUAUACUUUCAGGAUGCUUCAUCUGCCACUUCUAAUGUUUAAAAGAAGAAUGGUUUUCUAGUUUUAUUUAAAGAGCUUAGGACCGAUUUUGGGAUUUGGAUAAUGUGCUUCUCUUACCAACUCUUCUGCUUUUGAGGUUAUUUUUAUUGUGCUGAAUGGGGCAUUUCAUCCUUUUGACUGUGGUGAAUUUUUGAUCUGAUGAAUGCUGUCAUUGUUGGUAAUCCGUAUUUUGAGUAUAAUGAAGACAGCAAUAGCUCGCUAUAUCUUGUGUUUGCCCUUAGCUGCUAGUCUUGCAGUGGGCCAAAGAAUCUGUUCGCUGUUAAGGAUAUUCUGGCUUUGCGUUGGUAAACUUGAUAGACUAGAUGGCUGUUUGGGUUCAAAACUUGCCCAAGAAAAAUCUUGGUCAAAUUUCUGUUCAUUCACUGCCCCAUUUGUCUGUUAGUUACCCAUUGUGGGGGAAUUCUAAUGAAGACUAGAUUACGCACUCUUUAUCCGAUAUAAGCUUGAAAGUUGAAUCUCCAUUCAAAUCUUGUCCCGGUGCAAAGUAUUUAGUUCAGCAACUACCAGUUCUGGAAUCAUCCUCAGUUCAAUCAAUUGGUCAACCUCAUCAUGAAGUGGGUGUCCUGGGAGGGACCAAUUCUAAGUGCAAUUCAUCAGAAUCUGGUAUCGAUACUAAUGGAUACAAUUAUUGUAGAUGUUUUGUCCUGUAUUCUUUUUCCUUUUCUUUCCUACCGCAACUCUUGCCACGUAAUUGAAAACAAAUGUCUUCCUUGUCCUUAAUGGUUCUUGGUGUUAAUUUGACUCUGAUUGUGUUGUUAUCAGGACAGCUGGAGAAAAUAUUUGGGAGAAUGCUUUUACCUUUAUUCC